AUGCAUCACAAGCAAUCUGAGAUAUGGGAAGAGUAUGGCUUUUUCGAAAAAUUUGUAUUAAGAUAUAUGUAUAAAAUUGAUCCUUUAUCAUUUGGUAAAUGGCCAGAACGUAAAUUAUCAAAUUUCAAAAAGAAGAACGAAGUAAGAAAAAAACAUGAGUACUUUCUCUUUAUUCAUUUAUCUUUCGCAUUCGAAGAGACCUUUCCUGGUUUGUACACUAAAACACUCUGGAAAGCAAAACAAUAUCAAUUCAGAGCUGGAACAAACAUCGAUUUGAGAUACUAUCAAGCUUUCAAAACCUAUAUGAAACAUGUUUUCAUACCACGACAUAAAGGAAUUUUGUCUGAAGAUGAACUAAAGCGUGUCCAAGAAGAUGUUGAUAAAGCUAAAAGGGAAGACUUUUUGAUCAGAGAUCCAGACACACAUGAAAUGGCUCUUUACAAUCUUGAAACUCUCCAUAGAUUGUCAAUCGCUAUCAGAGAUGCUUGGCAUCCUAUUUUUGGAACUUAUUAUAUUGGAAAUGAGCCGGAUCGAGUGAGUGAAAUGAUAGAAGAUGAUGAUUACGAACAUCUAUGGUACAGAGAUAUUUUAGAUGGGAAAAUAUAA